UUGUCACUCGAGCGAUUUUAUCAAUUUACUUUUUACUUUCUUUUUUUGUUUUUGUUUUUCGAAGAUUCGCCUCGGACCGACUCGCACUUGCACACUUAAAAAAAUAACAUAAUAAUAAUAAUAAUUUUAAUUUAUAUAGCACAUUUCAGAAGUAAUAAAAAUAAUAAUAAUACAUUUUAUUUAUAGAGCACUUUUCAUCGCUAAAAGCACUGAAAGUGCUACAGAGUAAAAUCAAGAUACAAAAAUUAAGCGUUUUUUUGUAAUUAGUCUUUUCUAAGUAAUUAGUGUCAUAACAUAAAUUUAAAAAAAUGUCUCGAUAUAAAUGUCUCUCGGUUGAGAGACUGAACUUUUUUUUUUUUUUUAAAGUAGUGGAGGUUGUCUGAGGGCCCCUCCACAAAGUACAGUCUGGAAGAGAGGAAAAACAAACCAAGACAUGUGCAUUGGAUUCUCUCUGUCCAGGAUCAUGUUCACUUCACCAGCACCAGCAACUUACUAUCAGCGUUUCUUUUUAAACUCCCUCUCUUGUCAGAGCAGGAUAAACAAAUGUGCCCAACCAAAACGCUGCAGGCUGGUUUGUCUGCCUGGUCCCGAAGACAGAAGCAGCAGCAGCAGCAUCAUCUCUGUUUUUGUCUUUUGGUUGGUGACAGCACAGGGACAUGUGGUCGUGCAGCGUCCAAUGCCCAGAGCCCAGAGCAGCGAUCAGCACUGUCAGAGCAGCAGCAGCAGCAGCAGCAGUGUUGGCACCGGAGAGGAACUCUGCAGAGAGGAACCCCCCUGACAGAGAUAGAGAGAACGGAGAGAGAGAAGAGAGAAGAGAGGAGGGAGGGGAGGAGGGAAGGAGGGGAGGGAUUUGCUUACAGAGCGCAGGACGAGGAUGCAGCAUGAAGGGGAUGUUGCAGAGGAGGAGGAGGAGGAGGAGGCUGCAGGGAGGCAAAAACAAACAGCAGAACAACCGGCGACUGUGUGAUCCAGGUCUGAAGAUGUAGGAGCUGCACCAGAGGAGUCAGUGUGUGUGUGUGUGUGUGUGAGAGUGUGUGUGUGUGUGUGUGUGUGUGAACGCACCAUAACAUCAGGGCGACCGGUUGUGUUUCAAGGAUACAGUGAAGGUGGAGAGGUGGAACCUGAGACUUCCCCCUCCCUCCAUCCUUCCCUCCAUCCCCCCUCCUCGUCCACUCCCACACAGGAUGACAAAUUAAGUCCUUAUUCAGCAAAAGGAGCCGGAGCGUCACUCUGAGGAUCAGAUGUUGUCGACAGCUCAGCAGAUGCUGCAGGAGAGCCGCUCCAAGAUCGAGCUGAUCCGACUGCAGAUUAUCAAAGUCACCCAGGCUGGAGGCAGCGGCGGCGGUGAUGAUGAUGAUGAUGGUGGUGGUGGUGGUGGAGGUGGUGGUGGCGACCACAACAGUUCCACUAACAGAGGCGUCUCUCCGGUGGCCGGCAGCCCCGCGGACACUCGCCUGGCAGAGCUACAGCACCUCGUGCAGAGGGAGACGGACGCUCUGGCGUUGGCCAAAGAUGUGGUGAAGCAGCUGGAGGGGAUCUCAGCGCUGGACCAGAAGGCUCUGGUGGAGGCUCAGUCGCGGGAGCAGGAAUCCUCCCAGAAGCUCGACCUCCUGCGACUGUCGCUCGAGAAAUGUCUGAACGAGAAGAGCCAGGAGCCUCCACAGCCGCCGCCUGCAGGGGGCGUCGGCCCCUCGGAGGGGGCCCCCACGUCCCCCCAGGACUCCAGACCCGGACGUCCCCUGUCCACGUCCCCCUCCGUCUACUACAUCAGACCUGCCUCCCUGACUGGUAAAGUUGAAGUCCGGCUUCUUGGAUGUGAGGAUUUACUGAAACCUCCAAGUAUGACUGAGGGAAGUUCACCAGCCGCUCACAGGACCGAGGGACACGAGGCAGAGGUCGGCGUGGUGCUGAGGCUGGACGGCAGGUCGGUCGGCCGGACGCGGUGGGCGGCCGCCGGCAGACGGAGCUGGGACCAGACCUUCUGCAUCCAGCUGGAGCGGGCUCGAGAGCUGGAGGUCGACGUCUUCUGGCGGGAGGCCCCUGACCGGGGGGCGAUGAUGUGCGCCGUCACGUUCCUGCGACUGGAGGAGACGAUGGACAACCAGGGCCACGACCGGGGCCUGAGUCUGGAGCCGCAGGGCCUGCUCUACGCCAGGCUUCGGUUCAUCGACGCCGUCGUCGAGCGGCAGUCGAAGCUCAGACGUCAGCGAUGUAUUUUCACGAAGGAAAGAGGGAAGAACUUCCUGCGAGCGGCGCAGAUGAACAUGAACUUUGCCACGUGGGGUCACCUGAUGACGAGUGUCCUCCCUCGCUACGGCUCCUUCACCACGUUCGGCUCGUCGCUCUGCACGACCCCCGACCCGACGGCCGACCGCGCCCCCCGACCCGCCGAGAGGGAAGAGCCUCGAGUCGCCGCUCCGCUGCCACGCGACGCUCCAGUGAUCAGACUCAGCGUCACUGAGGAUCCGCCUCCUCCCGCCGGCCUCGACCACGGAGACGACGCCUCCACCAUCAUCACCACAGAGCUCAGAACGUCACCGGAGCCCGCGCCACCAGACACACUGCAGUCGUCCAUAAACGCUACAGAGGGAAGUGAAGAUCAGCCUGUAUCUGCUCUGAAGAUGCACAUGGAAGAUUUCAGAUAUAUUUCCGUUCUGGGCAGAGGACACUUUGGGAAGGUUCUGCUGGCGGAGUUUAAGAAGACGGGAAAACCGUUCGCCAUCAAAGCCUUGAAGAAAAGAGAGAUCGUGACUCGGGACGAAGUCGACAGCCUCAUGAGCGAGAAGCGGAUCUUCGAGAUGAUCAACGCGUCGCGACACCCGUUCCUCGUCAACCUCCACGGCUGCUUCCAGACCGGCGACCACGUCUGCUUCGUCAUGGAGUAUCUGCCGGGCGGCGACCUCAUGAUCCACAUCCACAACCACGUCUUCACCGAGGCCCAGACCAGGUUCUAUUCGGCGUGCGUCCUGUUGGGUCUGGAGUUCCUGCAUCUGAAUAAAAUCAUCUAUCGAGAUCUGAAGCUGGACAACCUGCUGAUGGACGCUGAUGGAUUUGUGAAGAUCACAGACUUUGGACUUUGUAAAGAAGGGAUGGGUCACGGCGAUCGGACCUCGACCUUCUGCGGGACGCCCGAGUUCCUGGCCCCCGAGGUCCUGACGGACGACAACUACACCCGGGCGGUGGACUGGUGGGGGAUGGGCGUCCUCAUCUACGAGAUGCUCGUGGGAGAGUCUCCGUUCCCCGGUGAGGACGAGGAGGAAGUGUUCGACAGCAUCGUCAACGACGACGUGCAGUAUCCCGACUCUCUUCCUCCCGACGCCGUCGCCAUCGUCCAGAAGGUAGUGACCUCAUCACCCCUCAUAGCUCCUCUAACAUCUCUGCUGAAGAGGAAUCCUCUGAAGAGACUCGGAGGCGGAGAGAGAGAUGCCAACGAGCUGAAGGGAGAGAAAUUCUUCCAGACCGUCGACUGGGAGGCCCUGCUGGCCAAGAAGGUGACGCCGCCGUUCCUGCCGUCGAUCGCCGAGUCCACGGACGUCAGCAACUUCGACAGCGAGUUCACUCGACUGCAGCCGAUCCUGUCGCCCCCGGGGAAACCGUCCAGCCUCUCGGCCGAGCAGCAGGAGGCCUUCGCCGACUUCGACUUCUGCGCUUCGCAUGGCUGAAGGACGACGCUGGGGGAAGAGAGACCAGACUUAAAAUACCUGUCGUUCUGUGGCUGAGAAACAGUUUCUUGUUCAACCUCGGCCGACCAUCUCAAGUAUAAUCAUCCCCCCUACUAUACUAUAUUUAUAAUCCUUUGGAUACAAAACUGUGAGCAAACAGUUGGACCUGCAAGAACAUUGAAAAAACAUUUUACAUCCAUGAGUCAACUGGCAUCAAAUCGAUCGGCGACAGUUUAAAAACGACAUAUUUGCUCAUUACAGCCACAAAUGUGAGGAUUCUCUUCCAUUUCUGUUUUGUCUCAUUCAACAGUUGUUGGGUUUUUUGGGCCAACAGACGAUUCUUCACAGCGGCCAUUUUGACAUGAGAUAAAAGGGAAACACAAGAUUUAAAGGGGCAGUCAGCGAUUUUGGAGAAAGCUGUGAUUUGGUCGGGAGGCGAACCCCAGGACCUCGGGUACGGGACCUCCGACGCACUGACCACUAGGCCAAAUCCUCAGAGUUAUAGCGCCACCUGCUAGCACGUCUGUUAAACGUGUUGACGAGUGAUGUUUACAAAGUUGUGUGGUGCGGCCCGCACCAUUUGUUUUGUUUUCGAUUUCUACGGAGCGUGGACUGAGCUGAUGACCCUGAUUAUUAGCGGGCCGUGAGGACAUUUUUUUACGAAAGUGUUUUGCUUUAGAAUCGCUUACUGCCCCUUUAAGGCUCUGUACCGAAAAUUGUGUAACGUUAUGCAGACGAAUCAGGAACAAGGAGAACCCGGACGUCUUGAGCAGAAGUAUUUAUUACAAGAGCUCAAUGUAUCGAGGGGAUUUCUGGUUCUCGUUACACCAAUCAACCAGUGGUCAGUGCACGGAGAAAACAUGCCUAGCCCGGUCAGAGUGAUGUAUUUAACUCUGAGAAUCACGUGUCGUCAUCUCACACACACACAUCGUCUCGCAACGUGAAAACCUCGCCUCGCUGCCACUUUGAAGAAAGUGUCCCACCCUGGUCUGGAGACGGGGAGGGGCGCUCCAUUCCGAUCUCCAUGGCUGAUUCCGUCCGACUGUUGUCGCCUUCGUUCCAGUCGACACGCGGUUGGUCGCUCGUCGAUCAGGCAGCUUCUUCUUCCGUUGGUUUGUUGAGACGGUGAUUGUAGCCCUUUAUAGUCUCUGUGGAGAGACGUCCUGCUUCUCACCUGCUGCUCAAGGAGACGAGUCUCGGGGGGAAUGUUGUGAUGAUGAAAACAAGAUGCUUGAGGAGUUUUUCUGACAUUUUCACCUCCUUCCUUCCACAUCUUUGUUUGUGGAAGAAAUCUUUCACAAUAUUCAGACAUUUUCUAAUACUCGAAGCGAUCAGUCGAUAUUUAAAGAAAACAACAGCCGGUUGCAUUUCCAACCAAAUGUGUCCAAAUUAUUCAACACAGGAAAAAAAUGGCAGCAAUUUGAUACGACAUAACAAACAACGUCAGUAUUAACUAAAACAAAUCUGGUUUUAAAUUGUGUUUCUUCUUUUCUUUUCCUGUGGACGAGGCUCAGGUGUAAUCCGUACCCAUGGUUUAGUAAUCCGUCAGUACGGAUUCACAUUUUUCACAGAUUUUUCCACUUUACUGGAGCUAAAUUUCUAUAAAAAAAAUUGAAUAUUGAUUGUAAUUUCCACUUAAAUGACGUGGUGGAAUCAGCUAAAAUCAGACUCCGUCUCAUGAGAUGAUUUGUUUUCUACCAUAAACUCAAGACAAACUAACUACAUUCACGGAAUUCUGUUUAAUAUUAUUAUUAAUAAUAACAAGAAGCUCCUCAAGCAUCCUGUGUGCUGGACACAGACUCCGCUUUGCUUUGUGGCCUUGAGCAUAUAAUGACGUUUAUUUGAAUAUUUAUCCUGCAGAAAGUUUAUUCGUAUGCGCUGACGUUUCUACGCAUCACUGUGACAGGCUCCGCCCACUGCCGUGACCAGACACGAAAAACAAGCAAACAAACUUUCUCUGGUCACAAGACGUUCCUCACCCAAAAAAAGGAGGAAAAAAAGAGAGAAAAGUCAAAUAUGAACAUGUCCUGUAUUUGUUUUGUGUUACAGUAGAGGAGCAUGGCACCGUGGUGAACUUAGAAAAUCCUGUAAUCGCUAGCGGUAUAAUAAAAGAAGCCAUAGACAAAUCUAACAUAAUAGCCAUAAUAGUGAGAGAAUAUCUGUAUUUUUGAAUUUAGCAAAUCAUAUUCUGUGAUACGGAGCUCUGAUGAUGUCAGUGCGAUAGAAGAAGAGGAGGAGGAGGGAAGCUUGAAGACUGAAGACGCUUCCUGACUUUGUUGAAUUAAAAGAGAUUCUAGUUUAUUAUUGAUGUUUUCAAAGUCGCAGCUGAGAUUUUAAAAGGUCAACUCGUCUUCAUUGGAGCGGUAGUGGGACAGUUUGGAGGAUUCGGAGGAAACUGUAUCAGCUCAACUUCGGACACUUAAGAGCAAUUUGCUUUUUUUAAAUUGGUAAAUUUAUCCUGGUAUUAGUUAAGAAGAAGAAGAAGAAUAUUAGUAUGAAUUAGUGAAAAGUACGAUUAUUUGUUUGGUUCAUAAAAUGUUGAUCUUGUUACCAAACCUCAAGAUGAUAUUUUGUUAAAAAAAAAAAAGUACAUAUAAGAAGCUGAGUUCAGAGAAUUUUUUUCAUAAAAACUACUCAAUCGAUUAUCAAAAUAGUUGUCGAUUAAUUUAGUAGUCGAAUACUUAUCUAUUAAUCGAUUAACUGUUGCAGCUCUAGACAGAACCUGUAAAAAUAAAGUGUGACUCAAGUUUUCUUAUUUUGACGAUGUUUUCCAACACUUUUGAAUAUGUAAAAGAAGGAAUGAUCAAAACUCUGUCCGGAAAACUGAAAAGGUGUAAAAGUCUCACUCCUCCUGAACGUCCUGCUGAAGUGUCUCUGAGCAGGACGCCGAACCUUCAACCUGCUCGGGACGAGGUCGUUUUAGCUGCUGUAGCACUUUAUGUUUAUGCUGCUGAAUAUUACAUGUUACUUGUGCGUCAGUCCUGUAUUAAUUUAUGUGUGUGUGUGUUUGUUCCUGACCAGGAGUGUCAGUGUGUACAGAUGUGAUCUAUAACAACAACGCAUACUGUGUAUCGUCAGUGUUUUCAUGUACUCUUGUUGUCAAUAAAUUAAAAAAAAGGUACAAAUACA